UGGCAGUCACAAUUCAUUGUAUUUGUAUAAAAAAACUUAGAAGGGAAAACAGAAAAGGAAAGAGAAUGGGAAGAGGAAAAAUAGAGAUGAAGAAGAUUGAAAACAUCAGCAGCAGGCAAGUAACAUUUUCAAAAAGAAGGGGAGGGCUAUUCAAGAAAGCUGAGGAGUUGUCUAUUCUUUGUGAUGCUCAAGUUGGUGUUAUUGUUUUUUCCAGCACAAACAGGCUUUAUAAAUUUGCUAGCUCCACAUCCAGCAUGGAAAAAAUUGUGGAUAGAUACAACAGUUGUCCAGCAGAUUCUUCUGAGCAUGCUACAGUAGAAAAUGUGGCAGAGCCUGAAGUGAAUGCUUUGAAAGAUGAAGUUGCAAAGUUACGACUGGUUACUGGGAGGAUGAUGGGGAAGGAACUUGAUGGUCUCGACUUCAAAGAGUUGCAACAAUUAGAGCAUCAACUAACCGAAGGCAUUUUAUCUGUUAAGAAUAAGAAGGAACAAGUACUACUGGAGCUACUUGAAAAAUCAAAUCUGCAGAUUGAGGAACUUGGACGUAAUUCAUGUAAUCACUAUCCUGAAAAUAUUCAAGCAGCAAGGAAAAGUUCUGGUGGAAGUUCAACAGUAGUUUGUGAUUAUGACAGAGAAGAAGAUUCAGACACUUCUUUGCGUUUAGGACUAUCGGUUGCUACAAGUCAGAAGAAAAAAGUACCAAAGAUUGAAUGCACUUCUAAUUCUGAGAGUUUAAUGGUUUUAGAUUAAUAUAUCAUGAUCACAAAUUCUCUCAAAAUGAAAACCCUCUCUGUUUCUUAGCUUAGAUAUUUUAGUUUAAGAUAGACAAGUCAAAUUCACAUUUUUCAUAAUAGCUAUUAUUGUGUUUUAAGUCUU